AUGGCUUUCUACAUUUUAUUCAUUAUCACUGAACUCUACAUCCUGGCGGCCAUGGGCUAUGACCGCCAUGUGGCCAUCUGUAACCCUCUGCUCUACAAUGUUAUCAUGUCCCAGAAACUUUGCCAUAAGCUCACAGCCAUUCCAUACCUCUUCUGUACAUUUCAGUCUCUGUUGCUCACCAGUAAGAUUUUUACAUCAACUUUCUGUGGUUCUAAUGUCGUCAGUGAUUUCUUCUGUGAUAAUGUUCCCUUAAUACCUUUGCUCUGCUCAAAUGCACAGCAAAUAGAAUUGAUGAUCAUAAUGUUUGCAUCAUUUAAUCUGAUGUCUUCCCUCCUGGUAGUCCUGGUGUCCUAUAUGUUGAUUCUGAUAACCAUAUAUCGAAUGCAUUCUGCUCAGGGCAGGAUAAAAGCUUUCUCCACGUGUGGUUCUCAUCUGACAGUGGUGGUUGUGUUCUACGGGUCUCUACUAUUUAUGUAUGUGCAGCCUGAAUCUGUUCAUCCUUUUAGCACUGACAAAAUUACUUCUGUGUUUUACACUUUAGUCAUCCCUAUGCUUAAUCCCUUCAUAUACAGCUUAAGGAACAAAGAGGACACUUACCAGGAUACAUCACCACGUGAAUGCGUUGCUAAGGCCUUGCUGAAGGUCUUGGAAGGGGCCAGAGCUGAUGAGGGGCCAUAA